CACGAUUACGAUUCACGACUAUUUCCAUUCAUUCUUUGAUACCCAUUCGCUUACGCUUACUCGCAUCAUUUGUACACUUCCAUCCUUUGCCUAUCUCCAAAUACCCCAAGUCCAUAACAUACUUCCUGAUUCCCCGACGUCAUUCCCCUCACCGUUACAAUGGCGCCCAUCCUCCGCGUUACCGCCACCACUUUGGCUUCAACGCUCCUCUUCUCUCUAUCUUCAGCCCAGGAUUGCAGCUUCAAAACUCUCAAGACGUCAUAUCCAUCACCCGUCGCUGCCAAGAACUGGAGCUAUGGCCUUAUUGCCAACGAGCUUAGACGGCCCCGAGGCAUUCUGUUUGAUAGCGAGGGUGCCCUCAUUGUCAUAGAUUCCGGAAAUGGUAUCCUCCAUUUCGAACUCGAGGAUGGAGGAGGAACAUGCUUGCAGGUCACGAAGAAGACGACCUUGCUCAAGCAGGACAACUUGAACCAUGGUCUCGCUAUCUCCAAAGAUGGCCGUACGCUCUAUGCUUCUUCCUCCAAUGAUGUCUUUGCAUGGUCCUACGAUCCGUCAAAGGUCACGAUCGAUAACUCUACAGUCCAGACCUUGGUCACCAACAUGGCAAAUAGUGGCCAUACUUCACGCACUCUACUCAUCUCAGACAAGGACCCGGACAUGCUUCUUGUGUCCCGUGGCAGUGCUGGCAACGACGAUCGUGGAGCCGAGGAUCAAGAGACCGGCCGUUCCCAGAUUCGUGCCUUCAACAUCUCAUCUGCCAUUGAGUCUUACGGGGAGCCCUAUGAUUAUCUUGAUGGUCUUCGACUCGGCUGGGGACUCCGUAACUCGGUAGGCCUGGCAGAGCAUCCCGAAACGGGUGGCAUUUUCAGUGUCGAGAACUCGGCUGAUGAACUGCACCGCAACGGUGUAGACAUUCACAAAGACAACCCCGCUGAAGAGAUGAACUUUCAUGGAUAUCUCAAUGGCUCUCGAGAAGAUCAGGGCGGCAACUAUGGCUACCCUCAUUGCUACACCCUCUGGUCUACUGAAGACUUUCCCAAUCGUGGUGAUCUCAAAGUUGGCGACCAAUUUCCUGCUGACCGUCAGUCUCGUCAAAGCAAGAGCGAUACCAACCCCACUGACAAGGAAUGCAAUACGGAUUAUGUCCCCCCAGUGCUGGCUUUCCAAGCUCACACUGCGCCUCUGGAUAUGAAAUUUGACAAUGAUGGCAAAAAUGCCUAUGUUUCGUUCCACGGAAGCUGGAAUCGUGAGCCUCCAGUUGGGUACCAGAUUUCUGAGAUACCUUUUGAAGAUGGUCGGCCUGCAAACUCCUCACGAAGCAGAGACGCUGCCACACCCAUCAUCUACAACGAAAAGCUGUCCAGCUGUCCUGAUGAUUGCUUCCGUCCUGUUGGUCUGGCAUGGGACACACAAGGACGAUUGUGGUUCAGCUCUGAUAAGACCGGCGAGAUCUUUGUCUUGAAUCACAACAAGGACGACUCUAGCCAAGACGGCUCUUCUAAGGGCGACAGCGAUGAUGACGAUGAUAAUGACAACUCGGCAUUUUCUCUGCGGCCUGGCUCAGCUGCAUUGAUUGUGACGAUGGCGGCUGUCAUCAUGGGAGGAUUCCUCGCAUAAGCUUCUAAGUGGACAGCACUGUACUCGUGCACCGGUCGUCGAGGCAUUUGAAGGUUGAGUGAGCGUGCAUAUUGAGAAUUAUGCGGCGCUUUGGUUUGGGGCAGGCCUGCUACAUUCAGGGCAUUCCAAUAUCAUUACAGUGUAUAGCAUUAACCUAGUUCAUCAUUGCUUAAAUUCAUAACUCUAUGCUCACGAGCCAACCAAGCUUGUCUCCCGCCUUGCAUCGUCAUCGCGCCUGUGUUGGUGAGAAUCGACUCCAGCCCUUGUGUUGGGCACAACUGGCGUCUUCUAUAGUACAAGGCUAGAGACUCGCAUCUUCGCAUCUCGUUCAAUACUGUGUUCAAGAGGCCAUAGCAAGAUAAUCACCUUUUUGUUUGCCUUGAACGCCUGGCUCUCCUAUUUGUAUCCAUCAACAUGUUGUACGUCACCACACUCUAUUCCUCAAUAGUCUUGACACACUCCCACUCGCCCCGUAGGUUCUCCUUCCACAAUGAUACCUUGUUGUCCUGGCCACUGACUGCCAGCACGUUGCCGCUAAGCGACCAGCUGACACGCCACACAGCCGCCUCGAAGGGGAGAACCUUGGAUUCCCACUGAGUAGGGUUUGAAGGAUCAGAUGUCCAGAUACGGACGGUCUUGUCCUGCGAGGCAGAGGCGAUGUAGGACUUCUGGAGGACGGUAGGAGACCAGGCAACGUCUCGGACCCAGUCAGUGUGGCCAGUCAGGGGCUCGCGCUCCUGCUUGUAGGUCUGAGAAGCAGGGUCAAAGGCCCAGAUCUUGAGGACGUUGUCGCUGCCACCAGUGACGAAUCGGCGGUUGCCAGUGGCACCAGGGCCAGGAGCGCUGCUCACAAUGCUACCGGGGGUUGUAGCGGGAGCCCAAGAAACGGAGUUGACGCCGAGACCGUGAGCGGCAAAGGUGGUGUGGUCGAUGCUGUUGUCCUUGAACUCGAGAACGCUAACGUUACCGUCGGAAGAGGCGCAUGCUAGCAGGCAGCCAGCCUCGUGGGGAGACCAAGAGACGAUGUUGACUGAGGCCUUGUGUAGGGGAAAGUCGUAGAUUCGCUGCCAUGCGUUGCUCUGUCCACCCUGCUCCUUCCAGAUAAAGACCUUUCCAUCGUAACCAGCCGAUGCCAGGAUGUUGCCGUACUUGGGAUGCGCCCAGGCGACACACCAGACAGCACCCUCGUGUC